AUGACUCUUGUUCAGCUUGGACUGGACUGGAUGAUGCUGUCUUGCGUUGUGGAUAUUUUACCCGACAGCUUGAAGCUUCGAGUUCAUCUGGAGGGCGAGGGUAUAGUCGGCGGUGAAGAUGUGGAACUCAGCGACUACACCUACCAGGGCUCUUUGAACAGAAAAUCCCAUAGCUUUUGUGGCGGUAGUAUAAUAGGCGAACAGCACGUUAUCACCGCUGCCCACUGCGUAACGGAUAAGGUUGGUGGUCUGCUGAAGAAGCCGAUAAAGCUCGUUGCUGGAGUCACCGAUUUAAAAGACAAAGAUGCAGAGACGAGAAUCGAGAUCGACGUAGACGUGGUGUACAUCUCAAGGAAAUACGACCCACUGACGAAGAAACGGACUGCUGGCGAUAUCGCCGUGCUGAAGUUACUGAAAUCUCUGAAUCUCGAUGGCAAUCCCAACCUGAGCAUACUGCAGUUGGGUGAUCCUUCGGAAAGCUACGCUGAUGAAACUGCGAUAAUCACUGGCUUUGGUUGA